AUGUUACUGCUGGCCAAAGAUUGCGGAUGUGGUUUAAGAACAACAAUAUCUGAAACGAGAGAAAAAGAUGAUGGAAGGACUGGAAAAUUUGUUAUCGGGAAUGACAGUUUCUCCGCAUCCCUCUUGGAUCUUCCCACUGUUGUGGAGUCUUACAAAACAUACGACGACAAUGUGUUGAUAAAAUCUGCAGAUAUUGGUCAGAUGAUAAUGGUGAAAGAAGAAGGUGACAGUUUCCCAGAAAAAGCAGAGUAUAAGCAUGGACUUACUCCACCAAUGAGGGAUGCUCAAAGACAAAGAUUUCGGCGGGAGCCUGGUUUGAAUCCGGAGGUUGUCUGUUGUGUCGAGAAAGAUAUGAAAAACAUCAUGGCUGAAGAGUCAGGUGAUGAAAAUGCCCGUAAUGCUGGUAAGAAUGUGGUUUCAACAUCUUCAGCAAAGCCUGAUGUGCCUGAAACUGAAAUGGUAGGUGGGAGUGAUUCAGAUGAGACUGAUGAUUCUAUGUGAACCGAAGCCGAUUUGGUUACAUGCAAAGCUGUUCUUGGUCUGUUAAGUUGAUGAUGAGGUGAAUGUUCGCCACGUGUCAAUGACUCAAUAGCCUUAAAAAAAUCAUGUUGUCCAGUUUGUGCAUCUCCACAAAGUUUUCUGGGGUCUGCUUUCUCUUGGUUUUUCCUUUUCUUAUUUUUUAAUUGGGAGUUCUGUAUGAUGUUCAUGCGAAGAAGUUCAGUUGGGUAUUAACACUAAUACUUGUAUAGUGUCAAAUCCAGACUUUUUGCAUUUGUCUAGUUUUACCUGAGGUUCAGAAUGGUUGUUAUUUAAUCGCAUAUUAUUGACAUUCCCUUGUUAAAUGAGAGAGAAAUGUUGCCAACAAGUAUUUGCAUUAUUACCUUACAUGAGAAACAAUGCAGCUCUUGCUCAAUCAAG